AUGUGGCUGCUGCUGCACCUGGCGCUCUGCACAGGCGGAUCUCUGCUGCUGGCGCUGCUGGCGGUGUUGCUGUACGUGACUUUCUUCCCCAGGCGUGUGCACGAGCUGAAGGGCCUCUGCUGCGCCGUCACUGGAGCAUCCGACGGCCUCGGCGUGUUCAUCGCGCACGCGCUCGCCGCCGAGGGCGCGGAGAAGCUGGUCCUUGGAGCUCGCCGCGUGGAGAAGCUGGAGGAGGUCAAGGCAAACCUUGCGGAGCGCUUUCCGAAGGUGGAGGUGCUUACGGUGCAGCUGGACGUCACCGACGGCGAGAGCCGCAGCGAUUUCCUGAAACAGGCCACUGCCUUCGGCCCUUGUCAGGUCCUUGUGAACAAUGCGGGAGUCCUGAAGUACGCUUUCUUUCAGGCCAUCGACAGCCAGGAUAUAGAAGCCAUGCUCCAGACGAACCUCUCGGGCACCCUGCACCUCACAAAGUGCUUCUUGCCGGAGAUGAUGAAGGAGAAGAGGGCGCAUGUCGUCAACAUCUCUUCGACGGCGGCCAGUUGCUGUGUUCCGUAUGGCAGCAUCUACGCCGGGACCAAGGCGGCGUUGACCAGCUUUACGCUGUCCCUUCGGCUUGAGAUGCUCUUGGAGAAGAGACCUGUAACCUUUCACUGUGUCAGCCCUGGUCUAGUAGAGGACAUCGGGAUGGCCGCGUCUGCUUCAGGCAGCAUUGGUGCGACCGUCCGGGAGACAGGGAAAAACCUAGGCUGGACAACGCCGGCUGAGGUUGCUAAUGCCGUCGUGCGGGCGAUCCAGUACGAUGAGGCGCAGGUCUUAGUGAACUCGGUUCCCCUGCAGCCGCUCUUUGCACUGGCUGCCUGCUGCCCUCGGAUCUGGGAGCUGACAUUGCCUCGGGCCUCGGGCAUCAACGUCCACAAGCACCUGCGCCGCAACGCGGAGCUGUCAGAGCUGCAGUUCUAUGAAGCCAUCGACUGCCAGCAAGAGGUGGAGGGCCUGCCGAUCGCCGCGGGCCAGGAUCCCAUGGAGCCCAGUCGCAACGCAAGCCUGGCAUUUGACCAAAACCAGCUCACUGACUGGUGGUCCGUGUGCACGCGCUGUCUGAAGGGGGCGGCGUGGAUCGGUCAGGCGGUCGCGCGGGCGAGGAACAUCCGCUGCUUUCGGCUGUUCCAAUCCAGCCUACCGGCCCAUGGCAACGCGGAGGCACCCUGGUUUACUGGCCUCGUGAGUCUGGACAAGUGGAAUGGCAACCGGCAUUUUUGCCAAGAGGUUGCUGUCAGACUGUCUGCUUCCCCAUGGGACAGCCAUGACGGCAAGGGCGCGGCCUUUCUUUCAAGGGAGGAAGCCAUUGGCCCCAUGAACGCCUCAAGUCUUAUCCGAUCAGUGCAGUCUCCGAAGACGGAUGUUGCUGCAGUAAGCAGCGACAAUGCCAGGUUGCCGACGUCUAGCUCCAUGCAUGAUGCUGGCGAACUUGGCGAACGGACGACCUCCAAGACUUCCCAGCCAGAUGUGUGUGGUUCCAUCGACGAGAGACCACGCCCCACGUCGGGAGCCUCUCCGCGGCAUGCGCUCCCUAGCAGGAGCACGUCGAAGGCCACCGCGGCGAGCAUGGCCUUUGACGACUCCAUCGCCGAAGAGCGGGCAGGAGCCAACGGCACAAUGGCCCAGGUGACGGCGUUUGGCAUGGAGGUUGAGUUAGAUGAUCUUCCUGACUACCCGCUGAUGUCUUCUAUGUCUAUGGCGCGCGAGGAGAGUGCCCCUGUGUCGCGGCAAGCGUCCCGACAAGGCGCCGCGUCCCCGAGCCUUGGCAACAACAUGGGAAGAAUGUCAUCACGCAGGUCAAACCCGGCAAGCAGCGCAGCGCCCCAGAAGAAGGCGAUGACCAUGAACGAGAUUGAUUCAGGGGUCCGCAUGCCUAGCCGAGAGUCACCACGCUCGGCCCAGGGCGGAUCCCCGAAAAGCAGAGCCACGACAAUGAGCAUGGACGAUGGCAAGAGGAACUCCGAAGUUGAGCAACCAGCUGCAAGCGGCCGGCCGCCUUCACGAAGUGUAGCACAGUCGCCGAGCAAGAAGAAGGCGACGACCAGUUGUGACUUGUCUGUUGGAGAUGACCAGGUGCAGCGACCAGUCCAAGCAGAGUUGCCAGCUGGAAGCGGCCGGUCGUCUUCACGAAGUGCCUAUAUCCCCCCUUUGGAAUUAUUAUUUAAUUUUUGUUUAUAUAAAACGCAAGAGGAUAUUAAAGAUACCAUUUCUAUUAAGGUUCUAAAGGGGAGUAUAGGUGCAGCUCAGACACCCAGCAAGAAGAAGGCUGCGACCGUUCUGGGCGUGCCGGGUGGAGACUUACUCAGCCAAUAG